AUGUGCAUUGAAGAGCAAACACCGGAGAGGAAUACUGGAAUUAUGUGUGGUGAUGGUGCUGGUCGUGGCAGCUGUUUCUUGAUGGCUCUUCUUUUACUUAGUUUUCUAUGUUUUGUUUCUGCUGAGGUUUUAGUAAAGCCGGCAGCCAAAACUGUCACCAAAACAACUACUGGGACGACAAGCAAUCAACAUUUAGCUCUGCAAGAAACCAAUCUCAAUUAUGUCAGUAAAAGAAGAGUACCUAGCGAACCUGAUCCAAUACACAACAGGGAAGCAGGAGAACACAUGGAAACACGCAUCCGACCUUGAGCUUCAGGGAAAAAGUAAGAGGCUUGGCAAUUGCUAUUGCAAAGAGUAUCAACUGUCAACAAGAUUUUUUUUUCUGCUAGGAAACUUUAAUUGUGCAUUCU